AAUAGAUAGUGACAUUUCCGUAUUUUAGUCGAAUGCAGGCUGGGAUGAAAUCCUAUUUAGUUUUUCGAUUACUAAAUCUUAGUUUAACAUUUUAGUUCGUUACACACAUAGCAUUAUCGCUCUAUUUGUUAAUUUCGUACAUUUCAUGUUUGUGAAUGUCCAUGUGCAACAGCGUACGGGUGUAUACGCCCUUGAAAACUGUGUUACAAAGGGUCUAAAGUCAGCAUAGCAACAAGGUUUCGAUCCAUGAACCUCCUAUUUAUUGUGGUACUCAAUGUUUAUUGUUCGAGUGCCUUCAUGAGAUGAUUGUUGAGAAUCUAUGGCGUUUGAAGGGGCAAAAGGGGUAACUAAACUGAUAUAAUAGAGUAAGUGGUGGCGCUACCAGUAUAGGAUGAUCACUCGGCGUUGGUUCCACCCGUCGCUGACGGGCGUGGACGCGGAGCGGCUGCUGAUGGACUGCGGCCGCGACGGGUUCUUCCUCGCGCGGCCCAGCAUGAGCAACCAGGGCGACUUCACGCUGUCCGUGCGCCGCGGCAACGAGGUCACGCACAUCAAGAUACAGAACAAUGGGGAGUUCCUCGAUUUGUACGGCGGCGAGAAGUUCGCUACGCUCUCCGAGCUCGUCCAGUAUUACAUGGAGAACCAGGGCCAGCUGCGCGAGAAAAACGGUAACGUCAUCCGAUUAAAAACUCCACUCAACUGUGCCGAUCCUACCACUGAACGCUGGUACCAUGGCCAGCUCACCGCUAAAGAAGCGGAGAGGAUGAUGCUCGAAAACGGGAAGAACGGCUCCUUCCUAGUUCGCGAGUCCCAGCGCCAGCCCGGGGACUUUGUCCUUUCCGUGAGGACCCACGACCGCGUCACACACGUCAUCAUUCGCCGCCAGGACAAAAAGUACGACGUCGGCGGCGGACAACAGUUUCCCGACCUUGUCAGUCUCGUCGAGCACUACCGGAGCUUCCCCAUGGUCGAGACCACAGGCGAGGUGUUGCGCCUCAUGCAACCUUUCAACGCAACUCGCAUCCAGGUCCGCCACUUCCAGACUCGCGUCAAACAGCUGCAGAAGGAGAACGAGGGACCCAUAGAGAGCAUGGCCUACAAGCAGGGCUUCUGGGAGGAGUUCGAGACGCUGCAGAUGAUGGAGAACCUACAGCUGUUCGACCGCAUGGAGGGCUCCAAGCCCGAGAAUAUCAGAAAAAACCGGUAUAAGAAUAUCAUCCCAUUCGACCACACCCGCGUAGUGCUUCGGGAUAUCCCGGCGGACGCGCUUCCGGGCGCCGACUACAUCAACGCCAACUACAUCCGCUGCGACAGCACCGAGCCAGGCGCCGACCACGACUGCAACGGCUCCAACGAAAAUGGCUGCCCGCAGCUCCGCAGUGGCACGCCUACCAAGAGCAAAGACAAGUCCUCCCCAAAUCACACGCCUAUCACGGAGGAUAAAUCAUUAGGCUCCAAGGAAAGUCUAAAAUCGUAUGGCAACGGGACUCAUAAGUCGCUUCCUCCUUACGAACCCAGCGUUCUCCCCUCGAAUCCCAACUACGUCAACACGACGAUACCGAAAGCAGCGGUGGAGGCAGAGAAUGGUGUCGCCGAGCACGUAUAUCAUAAGACAUACAUCGCCACGCAGGGGUGCCUGCCCACAACCAUCUACCAGUUCUGGUCCAUGAUCUGGCAGGAGGACGUCCGCGUCAUCAUAAUGACGACUAAAGAGAUCGAACGAGGCAAGGUCAAAUGCGAGAGGUACUGGCCGCAUUUGAACAAGACAGAUUCAAUAAUGAAGUUCACGAUCGUGAACGAGUUCGAGUCGUCGACGCAGGACUACACGCUACGGCGAUUCGUGGUGACGAAGAGCGACGAGCCGGGCGUCAAGCGACAGAUCUUCCACUUCCACUUCACGGCGUGGCCCGACCACGGCGUGCCGUCGGAGCCCGGCCGCGUGCUGAACAUCCUGCUGGACGUGAACUACCGCCUGCAGCAGAUCAUGACGAGCGACGCGCCACCGGCCGCCGCCGUCGUAUGCGUGCACUGCUCGGCGGGCAUCGGCCGCACGGGCACCUUCAUCGUCAUCGACAUGAUCCUCGACCAGAUCAGGAAGGAGGGUUUCGACUGCGAGAUCGAUGUCCACCGCACCGUGCAGAUGGUGCGCGACCAGCGCUCUGGAAUGGUGCAGAAUGAGGCUCAGUAUAAGUUCAUCUACAUGGCGGUGCUAGAGUUCAUCGAGACGGUGAAGCAGCGCGUGGGGCUGGGCUCUGCGGACUCGAAGGCGCGCAAUCACCCGAAAGAGAUCGUAGAGAGAUUCGGCGCGUGGAAAUAACGCUGUCUUGUCGGGUGACUACUUGUGGCGCGGCGCCACUAACUUUCGUAGCCAGACCCGAUCACACAGCUUAUCUCAUGAGGUGCUCUUUUUUUGGUGCAACAAGCAAGGGAAUCUGGUUUUAUAGAAUGAAUGUGCGGACACUGCGGACCUCUUCACUUUUGCUUCAAAUGCAACGAAAUUCAAAACAGGCAACGCAAUUCGGUGUACAAUACUUUUUUUUACAUUUGAACACAAGUAAUGUAACUAAUCGAUUUCUAAAAGACAUCACAUAGUUUCUGUUAGAUUUUAUUCGAGCCAUCAUUUUACAUAGAAAUCGACAAAACGGGAACAUUUCGAGAGUUGUAUAGUAAUAUUGUUAUAAUCGAGCUAAAUUCUUAGAAUUAAUAAUAAGUUAAUAAAAUGUAAUCCAACAAAAACAUCCUGUUGGAAAUCCCUGAAAUUUGUUAAUGGAAUGUUAUUUCGUUCAGCACCAUUGUUCCGAGUAUUGAGUCAUAUUUCUUAAGAUUUUAUGAGACUCGGCUAGCGGUCUCGGUUAUCGAUUUUUCCAUAGUUUUUUAAAAGUUUAACUUUAUAGAUAUGUAAUUUAAUUUGGUUAGAAAUAUUGUUUCACGAAAUCGUAAACAGAACACAAGUGUAUGGAAAAUAAAUGUUGUUGAGGAGUAGGAUGGUUUUUGGUAGUUUGAAACUAUUAUGUAGUUACUUAUAUUACGCGCACGUAUAUAACUUGAUAAUGUUUUGAACAAGUAUGUUUUAUACUCGUAAUACAUAAGGCCGAGCGCGGCUUCAAUGUGAUCUCGAAUUGGAUUUUAGAUUCAACCGAUUUUUUUAUAUAAAAUGUUGGUCCGGCUUAUGUGUGUAACUGCAGGAAAUUAUGCGUAGAGUUAGUCCAUGAAAAGUCUGCAGCGGAUUUGAUAGCCCACGCAGUGCACGUGUUAUUUUAAACGUCGAACUUCUAUGAAAUUAUGACGUAUAAAUGACACUUGCACUGCGUGGGCUAUCAAAUCCGCUGCAGACUUUUCUUGGUCCGACUCUAGUCCCUUUGGCCUCUGAGCUCCUAAGCCCUCGUGACCCCGUUGGUCUCGUUUAUUCCAAGGGCUCAUGGACCCUUUGGCCUUGUGAAUCAGCCAAUCCGCGUAUUUAUUUUAUAUAGAUAGAGCUACCCAGUGGACGGUGAAGGUGUUGCUUAUAUGGGGCAUUAUCUAUGAAAAGGGACCUUAUUGUCGAUGGCGCUUACGCCGCACAGCGUCGCGCGGCAUUGUAUUUAUAUCGGAGCAUCGUUAAUAAUGGCGUAAGCGCCAUCGACAAUAAGGUCCCUUUUCAUAGAUAACGUCUCAUAUUUCGAUUUUAUUUCGGGUAUUAUAACUUCUCUUUACGCAUACAUUGAGUAUUUAAUUCGCAACACUACUUCUAAGAAGAUUCAUAUUUCUGUUUCCAACAUGUUUUUUAAGUAUCGAUCGACGCAACAAAAUCCAUCACUUUGGUAAUUAUAUUUUAUUUACUUUAAUAUUAAAUGUAAGUUUUUGAUUUAUUAUUCUUGUCAUAAAGAAAGAUGAGGUGCUUAUAUUAAUUGUGAAAUUCGGCCCAUGUUCUAACAUGAUGAUGAUCACAGGAUGGUGCGAUAUUUAUUUUAUUAAGUAUGAAAUUUAUUUUCCGUUAUUCUAUGUAGGUAUAGUCGGCGUCGAAAGAAGCUUGUAACACUUUAGGACUUUGUCGCAUUUAAAGACAGUAAGUAUGAACAUGUUAAUUCGAAUAAUGACAAGGUUCUAAAAGGUCCAACGACUUUUGAGGCCGAUAGUAUGUAGGGUCAGUUCAAGCAGUCUAAUCAUUACGGGCCCGGGCGUAAUACAAACUGAUUAUUAGCCUUAAGGUUGUAGGUGGGCCUUAUUUUUCUAAUUUCGCAAUUUAGCGGGUCGGCCGCGUAUUUACGGACAGUUUUACAAGGCAAUCAUAUAUACUGGAUCCGCAAUUUUUUGAGAAGGUAUUCUUCAUUUGUGCAAUAACACAAUAAGAGAUUGCCCACAAGACUUGAGAAAUAAGGAACCCUCCUUACUAAGAGCUGUACACUGUACAAUAGCGUUAAGCCACCGUUUACGUUAGAAUCUGUUCGGAAAGAGAAGAGUCAUAUAAUGUACUGGUGCGUUUUUAUUUUAUAUUCCACGACUCUUCUAGGUGUUUCCGCACAAAGUCUAUGUUAAGUAGGUACAUACAUCAUCGCUUGGACGGCCCGCACUAUAUUACGUUGUUGGCAUUUUAUUUAUACCGUAUUCCAAUAUUAAAAGCGGAGCUUAACUGCUGUAAAAACACAGAAAAUUUUAUGUUAUCUGCUAAAGAUAUAUGUUGUGUUAUAUGAUGUAAUAAAUAAUAAAAUGUGAUAUUGUA